GCAGUGUACGUUUUGCGGUCAUCGUGCGAGUUCCAUUCGCGACGCGCAGUGGUGAAUGUUAUCGACACACACACACACGAACACACACAUCCGAACACAUUUUAUCUAAACAUAUUUUUAUUCGAUUUAAUUUUCCAUACGUUCAUUAUUCGUUAUCGGUUUUCGUCUCCAUUCGUCCAUUUCGUCGCUUUUAUUCAUUCAUUCGGUUUACGACUACCAAUACGACGAUAUUUGCAGAAAAAACCACGAUGUCCGUGUCCACGUUGAACAUGACACCCUACUUCACCGGAUACCCGUUUCAAGGCCAGGGCCGCAUGAACCAGCUCGGUGGCGUGUUCAUCAACGGUCGGCCGCUUCCCAACCACAUCAGACUGAAGAUUGUCGAAAUGGCCGCGGCCGGCGUUCGCCCGUGCGUCAUAUCCAGACAGCUCAGGGUGUCCCACGGCUGCGUGUCGAAAAUCCUUAAUCGGUACCAAGAAACCGGAAGCAUACGGCCCGGCGUGAUCGGCGGAAGCAAGCCUAGAGUGGCCACGCCGGACGUGGAGAGGCGCAUCGAAGAGUACAAGAAGGCUAACCCGGCCAUGUUCAGCUGGGAGAUCCGCGACAAGCUUGUAAAGCAGGACGGCAUUUGUGACAAAAACUCAGCCCCAUCUAUCAGUUCCAUCAGUCGACUGUUGCGCGGUGGUAGAAGGGACGAGCUGAAAAAUCAUUCAAUCGACGGGAUUUUGGGUCCGAGCAGCGCCGACGACUCGGAUACAGAAUCGGAACCGGGUUUCCACUUGAAACGCAAACAACGUCGAAGCCGGACCACGUUCACAGGCGAACAACUCGAAGACUUGGAGCGCGCUUUCCAUAAGUCCCAGUAUCCGGACGUUUAUACCAGAGAAGAGCUGGCCCAAAAAACCAAAUUGACCGAGGCCAGAGUGCAAGUGUGGUUCAGUAAUCGUCGGGCUCGUCUCCGGAAGCAGAUGGGCACUCACCAGCACAUGAACGCUGCGGCUGCGGUGGCGUUCAACCCGGCAGCGGCGGUCGUUAGUCUUUCAGCCGGCUCUUUCCAGUCCGCGUCCGGUGGUCAACACGGAGCUCACGGCCAGUACGGCGGCCACGACCAUCACUCGACCGCCGCCGCGUCAAACUUCAAUUCUCCCCAAGGGACUUCCCACGGCACGUGGCCCACCGCUAGUGCCGCCACUGGAUACUAUCCGUCAACGACCUGCAACUACGGCAGUGGCGUGAACGGUGGCACCUCCGCUGACGCAAUGUACCAUCACCCGCAUCACGCACAUCACCAGAACAACAACAAUAACAACAACAACAACAACGGUGGCACGUCGUAUUCGCCGCAGGGUACGGCGGUCGACCAUCACUCGUUGGCAUGGACAAAGCCCAACAAGGACGUGACAGCCGCCGCUACUUGGAGUCCUGACAAUUACUCGUUUUUCGCCGGCGGCAACACCAUAUACGGGUCUGGUUCAAAUUUGGCCCCGCACUCGGCCAGUGAAGCAAAGUCUGGCUAUCCAUACUUCGGUCAACUGUCCCAAAUGGACGCCAUGUGCGGCAGAGUGCAUUAGUUGCAUUACAUACAGCGGUGACGGCGAUUAUGACAUCGUCGGGAGACACGCAGUGUCGUUUAGAACUCGUCCUCUUUCCUUCCUCUAACCGCACAGCGAUUAUUAUAUUUAUACAUAUUUUUUCUCUGUUUUCUCUCGACGCGCCCGAUCCACUGCAAUAUAAACCGCGCAACAAUAUAUUUUGAUUUUAUUUUAAUAUCAAUUAUUGUAUUUAUGUAAUUUUGUAUUGUAAACUAUUAUUAUUAUUAGCAAAUAUUAUCAUUAUUAUUUUAUUUUAUACAAAACUAACUUCUGACGGUAUAUCAAAAUAGUUUAACUCGUAUAUGCAUUGUAUUAUAUUAUUACGUUAAAAAUGUUUUUUUUCUUGAACAGUGCACAGCGCGAUUCGUAUUGUGCACAUUAUUUAGUAGUUAUAAAGAGUAAAAAAUAAUUUAGAAAAAAAAGCAUUGUACAUACAUUAUUUUUGUAUAUUUUAAUAUUAUAUAAAAAUACUUCGAGUGUUACACACACCUACAUAUUAUAU